GGAGCUGGCCCUGCGGGGCCGCGGGGGGGAGGGGGAGCCGCGAAGCCCCCGCUGAGGCCGCCGCAGCCGGGCCUCCCUCCCCCCCACCCCCGGCGGGCGCCAUGCGGGGGGGUCCGAGCGAUGCCGAGCGGCGGCAGCGCUGGGGUCGCCUCUUCGAGGAGCUGGACAGCAACAAGGAUGGCCGCGUGGACGUGCACGAGUUGCGCCAGGGACUGGCCAGGCUGGGCGCGGGCGACCCGGACCGCGGAGCCCAACAGGGCAUCUCCCUUGAGGGGGACAGUGACCCAGAUGGCGGGCUGGACCUGGAGGAGUUUAUCCGCUACCUGCAGGAGCGGGAACAGCGCCUGCUGCUUCUGUUCCACAGUUUGGACCGGAAUCAGGAUGGUCAUAUUGAUGCCUCUGAAAUCCAGCAGAGCUUCCGAGCACUGGGCAUUUCCAUCUCACUGGAGCAAGCGGAGAAAAUUCUGCACAGCAUGGACCGGGACGGCACGAUGACCAUUGACUGGCAGGAAUGGCGUGACCACUUCCUGUUGCAUUCAUUGGAGAAUGUGGAAGAUGUGCUAUACUUCUGGAAACAUUCCACGGUCCUGGACAUUGGCGAGUGUCUGACUGUCCCUGAUGAGUUCUCAGAGCAGGAGAAGCUGACGGGCAUGUGGUGGAAGCAGCUGGUAGCAGGUGCAGUGGCAGGCGCCGUGUCUCGGACAGGCACUGCCCCACUGGACCGCCUCAAGGUCUUCAUGCAGGUCCACGCCUCCAAGACCAACCGACUGAAUAUCCUAGGGGGCCUGCAGAGCAUGAUCCGAGAAGGGGGCAUGCGCUCCCUGUGGCGUGGCAACGGUAUUAACGUGCUCAAAAUUGCUCCUGAGUCAGCCAUCAAGUUCAUGGCCUAUGAGCAGAUUAAACGGGCCAUCCGGGGGCAGCAGGAGACAUUGCACGUGCAGGAGCGCUUUGUGGCUGGCUCCCUGGCUGGUGCCACAGCCCAAACUAUCAUUUACCCCAUGGAGGUGCUGAAGACACGGCUGACCCUCCGUCGGACAGGGCAGUACAAGGGCCUGCUAGACUGUGCGAGGCGCAUCCUGGAGCGAGAAGGGCCCCGAGCCUUCUACCGCGGCUACCUGCCGAAUGUGCUGGGCAUCAUCCCCUAUGCGGGCAUCGACCUGGCUGUCUAUGAGACCCUGAAGAACCGGUGGCUCCAGCAGUACAGCCAUGACUCGGCCAACCCAGGCAUCCUGGUCCUCUUGGCCUGUGGCACCAUCUCCAGCACCUGUGGCCAGAUAGCCAGUUACCCCCUGGCCUUGGUCCGGACCCGCAUGCAGGCCCAAGCCUCCUUCGAGGGUACCCCCCAGUCGUCCAUGCUGGGUCUGCUCCGACAUAUCCUGGCCCAGGAGGGCGUGCGGGGCCUCUACCGGGGCAUUGCCCCCAACUUCAUGAAGGUGAUCCCAGCUGUGAGCAUCUCCUAUGUGGUCUACGAGAACAUGAAGCAGGCCCUAGGGGUCACGUCCAGACACCAGAUCCAGUGUCCUUGUGCAACACUGGAUCCCAGAUCCACAACCCCACUGGCGGAUCCCAGAUCCCCAUGCUUCCAGCCCUGGAUCUCCACGUUCAGCCACUGGAUUCUGGAUAUCAAGAAACCUCAGCCACCGGAUCCUGACAGUGCAAUGCCUAGAUCCCAGGGCCCUGACCACUGGAUCCCAGAUCCCCUCACCCCAACCACUGGAUCUCUGAAUUCCUUUACCUCGACACUGCGUCCCAGAUCCCUCUGCUUCAACUACCGGAUCCCUACAUUUCAACCACCAUAACCUCAACCCCCAACCACUGGAUCCCAGAUUCCCAAGUUCAGACCCACUGGAUUGUGACUCUUAAAAAAUCAUAAUCAUGAGAGCCCAACGGCAGAGCAAGUGGGUCCUGGCAACUGCAGCUGCUCCAUCCCAAAUCCCUUCACCACGGGCACUGGAUUCUGAAACCUCACCCUUAGGAGGCAGCCCUGAUCUUUUCAGGCACUGGAUCCCAACCCCCGAAUCCCUGGCUUCUGACCUGAGUCCCCCAGGCUUGAAUCCCAAGCACUCAAACCCCAAGUCUAGAUCCCAGUAACCCAGUCACAGCUUCCUAAUCCAGCGAGUCCCCUCCUCCGCCCCCCACCCCAGACACACACCAGAGCCCAGACACCUCCCCACGACAUUCACCCCAUGGUCUGAGGAGCUGCAGGGAGCCCAGGUACUGGUCUCCUGGCUCCAGAAACCCUACGGGACAUGUCUAUUGUCCUGACGUGACAGGUGCCAGGCAGCAUAGAGAGGAGAUGCCCCUCCCACACCUGCACAGGCACUCGGUGCCCCCUCCACCUCCCAGCAUGGCUGCACCUUUGGGCUCUGUGCAAAAGCUCCUCCUUCAAAUUCAUCCCCCAAUGAUUUGCAGGGUUCUCCGACCCCUUCUCACCUUGUAGGCUGAUAACCCCACAGCCUGGGUCCCUCUGAAGGAUCCAGUCAUUCUUUCUUCAGGACUGGCAAGGAGGCAAUCUAAGGCUGGGGGACACAUAAGGGGACCCCCAACCCCAGCACUGCCAGCCCCUCUCUAGCCUUCAGAAUUGGAAGCCAGAAGCAAAUCUACACAGACUACUCUUCCCUAAACCCAAGCCUCCAAUUAUGCAAAGAGACAAACAAGCUAAAUACCCCAAACUUACCCAGUCUAUUUUUCUACCAGAAAGGAGCAAACAUGCCCCCCUCCCCAACCAACCCACGCCUCCAGCACCCUGCCCGUAUACAUUCUGCACUUUAUAGUUGGAUGCUGAGCUUAGGGUAAUUGGGGGACCCCUCUUGCCACUCCUCCCAAGUCCUUGAGGAAACCCCAUUAAAGGUCCACCAAAGGAACUGGGAUAUUUGGGAGGCUGGAGGACACCCCCCCUAAGACUUCUAACUACCCCUCACCCCACCUCCCUGCCUGUGUGUGUUAUUUCAAAGGAAAAGAACAAAAGGAAUACAUUUUCUAACCUCUUUCAUUGUGGUUUUUACUCAAAGGGAGUGGGUGGAUGUGGGACCACUGUACCCACAGAAAAGGGGUGCAGGUCAUCCCCCACCACACACAAUGCCAGGACACAGGAAAUGACACCUUCUUGGGGCCUCACUUUGCUUCCUCCACUGUAGAGCAGGGACAGAGAGAAGUGCCUGUUUAUCUUCUCUUUUUCCCUGUAUUUUUUCUUAUCAUACAAGUACAUCUAUUUCCCAGGGCUGCAAUAAUUAGUUACCACAAAGAGGGAACUUAAAACCAACAAAAUUAUUUUAGAUGAGUAUGCUUUUAUUGUGUAAAAUAUACAAAGCAUAAAAAUGGACCAUGUGAAAUAUUUUUAAUUGUACAUUUCGGCAGCUUUAAAUAUACUGACACUAUUGUGCAGCCAUCCCCCUGCAGCUCCAGAACUCUCUCGUCUUCCCCAACUGGCACUCUGUCCCCAUCAAACAUUAAACCCCCCUCUCCUUCCCUGGCCCCAGCCACCCAUAUCUACUUCCUCUCUCUAUGGAGGUGACUCCUCUAGGGACCUCCUAUGAGGGGAUCACACAGGAUUUGUCCUUUGUCUCUUAUGUUCUUGAACAGCAUGCCCUCAAGGAUCAUUCACAGUGUCACUGGUGUCGGGUUUUCAUUCCUUUUUAAGGCUGUAUAAUAUCCCAUCGUGUGGGUGGACCAUUCUGUGUUUAUCCUGUCUGUUCUAGGAUCCUUGGGUUAUUUCUAACCUUUUGAGUAUCAUGAAUAAAAACAUUCAUUCUCAUAGUUCCCGGGGUAGGCGUCUGAAAUCAGGGUGUCAGACUCCCUCCGAAGGCUCCAGGAGAGCUUCAUUCCUUGCCUC